CGAAGAUCGCGCCUCGCGCGUCGCGGGUUUGGCCAGCGCCGCUGCCCUUCCCCGAGGCGGCGGUGCGGGGGGGGGCAUGGCGCGAAGAUAUCCACGCCCCGCGAUGCGCGAGGGUGAGGCAGGUACGAAAAUUGGCGCAUGCUGAUGGUUUCGGCCGCGCCGCCGGGCGUUGCCCUCGAUACACUGGCGCCCCUGGCGGUUGGAGGCCAGGGUAGUCGGCUCCGCGAGCGGAUUCGCCAGCCGCCUUAUACUGACCACCUCUUUUUGUCCGACCCGACCAGAGGCACCAAUGAUCAAGUGGGGGAGGAACUCCCCAUUCCGUAGCCAUUCUGGCUCAAGCCUGCAUCCUGGCCACGUCCGCACCCCUGAGUGGGGGCGGCGCGCCGCGGCGAUGUUGCGGGCAGCUUGGCGGGCGCCGACGCGGCGAGCGGCGGUGCCAUCGGGCAGGACCGCCGCCCCCGCGCCCGGCGGGCAGAGGCGCGGCUUCCCCGUGAUGCGCGGCGACGAGUUCGGCAGGCACCUCGGGAUCAAUCCCAACGCGGGAAGUCCCGUCCGCCCGGGCGAUAAGCCGCUGAGCAACGCGAACACGUUCGGCUACACGAAGAGGUACGCGGACAAUUGGGACCGAAUCUUCGGGAAGAAGAAGAAGGACGGGGCCACAAGCGGGCACCAGGGCGCGACCGCGGAGCCUCAGAGCGUGUUCUCCGAGAAGGACGCCAAGAAGUGACCUUGGCGCCCUGCUUGGCAGACCCGUUUGUCCCAGGCCUUGUCGACCUCAUUCUGGCUCCUGUGGCAAGCGAGUGAUCCGCGCAGCGCUGGGGCAAGACGGAGGUGAGGUCAAGUAUCUUCCAAGUUCUUCUCGCCUGUAUCUCUAGGGGCCCCUUUUUCAGACCACGCGCGCUCUUGUCACGCGCGCGCCCCGCGGGUUCGGGUUCGACGCCGCGUGAUGUGAUGGAUGUCCGUGCAUGGAGCGGCGAAAAAAAGUGGGGGAG